AUGGCUCCAACAAGGCGGAGAGUUUCUAAGGGUAAUACUAAUAAUGAUCACGGGAUGUCUUGGUCGCAGUCGAUCCAUGAGACUGUGAAAGGUUCUCAUGAGUAUAAGAUAAAAGGAUAUUCUCUAGCAAAGGGAAUGGGAGCUGGUGAAUACAUGGCUAGUGGCGAAUUCACAGUUGGUGGUCAUGAAUGGGUUAUACUUUUUAAUCCAGACGGCAAUACUGAAGAUAGCAAGGAGUACGUAUCCGUGUACCUUGAGUUAGUAAGCCCUGGACAAGAAGCAGUUAGGGCACUGUUUGAAUUUAAAUUACUGGAUCAAAGCGGAAAAAACAAAUACGGUACUGCUCCAGAUCGAUAUCUAAGGACGUUUGAGACAGGAAGGACAAUGUGGGGAUGGGAUGAGUAUAUGAAGAGGUCGGACUUGGAGACCUCGACUUUUCUCAAGGAUGAUUGUCUUAGCAUCCAUUGUGCCGUCGAAGUAGUAGUGCAAAAUCAUGUAGAAAGCUCGGCUCGAUGUCCCGUAUUUAAAGCUCAGUUUUCUGGAUUGGUGGGUAACCCAGACAUGGAAACUGUAACCAUUGAAGAGUUUGAUCCCUUUGCAUUUAAGGCCAUGUUGCUAUUCUUGUACUCAGAUGAAAUUCCUGAGCCAAGUGAACUUUCUGAUUUAUAUUCUCACUGCACUUCAACUACAAUUAUGCGACAUUUGUUAGCUGCAGCAGAUCGCUUUGUUUUUGCCCGAUUGAAAGUCAUGUGUGAGGCAAAAUUAUGUGAAGAAAUAACUACAGAUUCCGUGGCAACAACGCUAGGCCUAGCAGACCGAUACCAGUGCUUGCAACUUAAAACUGCAUGUCUAAACUUUGCAGCUAAACCCGAAAAUUUGGAAGAGGUUAUGAAGUCUGACGGGUUUGCACAUUUCGACAAGAGUAAUUCCUCUCUUUUGAUUGAUCUGUUGAAGGCUAGUGCAGUGUUAAAUAAAAAAUGA